AUGUUAAUAUCUUCAUCAUUGAUUGAUAAACUUUCUAUUAUCCAAAGAACUCUAACAGUCUGCAUAUAUCCAAUAUGGCUUGCGUUUGGUAUCAUCGGUUGUCUACUCAAUCUCAUCGUUUUUUCUCGUCGAAAAUUACGAACAACUUCAUGUUCUAUUUACUUUUUGGCAGCAUCUGCAGAUCAUUUAAUAACAUUAAUACUUGGCAUUGGAACAGUAUUUUAUGCUCUCAAUAAUCCUGAUCCACAAAUACAAUCACUUUUAUUUUGCAAACUACGUGGUUACAUAUUUCAAAUAUGUUUAAUGCUUUCUCGUUGGUUUAUUGCAUUUGCUUGUAUUGAUCGUUAUGCAUCAACUUCAGAUAAAGUUCAUUUAAGAAAUUUUGCUAAACCAAAGAUAGCAUAUUAUAUAAUUAUCAUUAUUAUUAUUUUUUGGUCAAUUAUUUGUUCUCAUCGACUUAUAUUUUAUGAAGUCAAAGGAAAUCUCUGCGGUAUUGUUAAUAAUAUUGUAGCGGCAUUUUAUCACAGUGUGUAUGUUAUUCUUGGAGGCGGUAUAUUUCCUUCUAUGAUUAUGAUGAUAUGUGCAUGGCUUAUUCGUCGAAAUCUUGCACAUAGACGCAUGAAACGGACACAAUUUUCAUUAGGCAAUUAUCAACGAAAUCCACUAGAUCAACAAGUUCUUCGUAUAUUAUUCGUGCAAAUUAUAUGUUAUAUUAUAUUUACAACCCCUCAAUUAUGUAAUUUAGUAUUUAAUACAAUCUUAAUAAUGACUCCUGAUGAAUCAAGAGAUGAAUUGGCUUUUGAAUCAUUUCUGAAUUUUCUAGCAGAAUUAAUGCUUUAUUUAUUUCCAGUGUCAUCAUUUUAUUUAUACACACUUACAUCUCGUACAUUUCGUAAAGAAUUAAUUGAUUUUUUUCGUUUAGUAUUAGUCAAUUGUGGAAAAAAUCGAAUUACACCAAUAACACCUGCUUCGAUUGCUCGGCGUAAUAUGGAAAAAAAUGAAACUAUUAUAAAUACAUCUGCAGCAUAA